AUAAUAGCCGCCUGGUGACAGAGUCUGAGCUCAUUCCCAGGCUCCCGAAUUAGAAGGUUCCCAGCAACAAAAACUCGCUGCUGUUGAGCCCCUCCUUGUAUUCGCAGCGAGCUCGCUGAGAAAUAUGUCGCAGGAGGCGCAAGUUGUGAAGAAGAAACGACCUCCGAUGAAAGAGGAAGACAUCAAAGGAGCCAGGCACAAACUGAGCGCCAAACAGCCGCUCAAAUCCAAAACGUACGAGGUGAUGCGACAAUGUGAGCGGGAAGGUGCGGUGGCUCCGUCAGUUUUCAGCGCCGCAAGAACCGGACAAGAGACCGUGUUCACGAAGGAAGCCGAACAACCCGACAGCACGUUCGACAAAUGACCGCCAAGCUGCGAGCUCUGGGCUCACAUCGAUUUAGCCGCGAUAUUACAGACAGGUUCAGCGUCAGGGAUUCAUUAAUGGAGAAACUAACCAACACUUAAUCUUGAUCCGGAUCCAGUUUGUGAAGAAGUGCCAUCUAUUUUGUAUUAAAGCCCCAAUAACCCCGUUCCCAAUCAGUCCGUCUUCUUAAAAUACAAGUCAGAACAUUUGAAAUAAAGUGAUUGUGAAGUAGUAA